GAGCCUACGGCAUAUUGCUUUGAGUUUGCUGAAGCUGGAGCGCGUUACCGAUCGCCUAGAGGACAUGGCGCGCAGCAUCCGCUUCGAGAACUGGCGCUCCAAGACAGAGGAGAAGGAGCGAAAGCGCCGCGAGGAGGAGAAGCGUCUCCAGGAGGAGGAGAAGCGCAAGGUGGCCCUGCGCAUCGAAAAUCGGCGGCGCUUCGACGGCGACAACGAGAAGGCAGCAAGCAUUCCCAUGCAUCCCGUGGAGGUUGACGGUCCCCAAGGCCGUGAGACCGUCUCGCUGGUGGAUGUGGAAAACCUACAAAACCGAUGCUUGCAGCUGAAAGGAAGGUGUUUCCUGGAACUUCGGGUCAGAGAUUCGUCUGAGAAGGUGGCGUGA